AUGAUUGAGAAGGUUAAUGAAAGCAUGGAUGUAAAAUCUACAUUCUUCCAGUUCGGGGCCUCCAUCCAGCAGGAGGCGCUGCUCAUGCUCAACAUCAUGGAAGAGUAUGACUGGCACAUCUUCUCCAUAGUGACAAGCAAGUUCCCGGGCUACCAGGAUUUCAUUGCCAUCCUGAAGACCACAGUCGACAACAGCUUUGUCGGUUGGGACCUCCAGCACACAAUCACCCUUGACGCCGUAGAUGGGGACUCCAGGACCCUGAUCCAGCUGAAGAAGGUGCAGUCUCCAGUCAUCCUCUUGUACUGCUCCAAGGACGAGGCAGCUUACGUCUUAGAGGAGGCCCGAUCACUGGGUUUGACUGGUUUCGGCUACAUCUGGAUUGUGCCCAGCUUGACCACGGGCAACCCAGACAUAACUCCAGAUACGUUCCCCUCUGGAAUGAUCUCUGUAUCCUACGAUGACUGGGACUAUCCUCUUGAGGCACGGGUUCGAGAUGGGCUUGGGAUUAUAACCACAGCAGCUGCAGCCAUGCUGGAAGAGUUUGGGGACAUCCCAGAGGCCAAAACUAGCUGCUAUGGCCAAAUGGAGAAAACCAAGCUGCCACCCAGCGCAUUGCACAAGUACAUGAUGAACGUGACUUGGGAUGGCAGAGAUCUGUCCUUCACCGAGGACGGUUACCAGGUGCAUCCCAAACUGGUUGUGAUCGUGCUGAACAAGGACAGAGAGUGGGAAAAGAUGGGCAAAUGGGAAAACCAGAGUUUGUCUUUGAAAUUUCCUGUGUGGCCUCGCUUCAACUCUUUUGGUGACGGAGAGACAGAUGACAAUCACCUGACCAUUGUAACUCUAGAGGAGAAGCCUUUUGUCAUUGUGGAGAACGUGGAGCGCCUCACAGGCACCUGCAUGAGAAACUCUGUGCCCUGCCGCAAACACAUCAAAGACAACACCACCGUGGGAGGAGGAACGUACAUUAAAAAGUGCUGCAAAGGCUUCUGCAUCGACAUCCUGAAGAAAAUCGCUCGGAACGUGAAGUUCACCUAUGACCUUUAUCUGGUGACCAACGGGAAGCACGGCAAGAAGAUCAACAAUGUGUGGAACGGCAUGGUGGGAGAGGUGGUGAACAAAAAAGCAGUCAUGGCCGUGGGCUCCCUGACAAUCAAUGAGGAGCGCUCAGAGGUCAUCGAUUUCUCUGUCCCCUUCGUGGAAACGGGGAUUAGUGUGAUGGUAUCCCGUAGCAACGGAACCGUCUCCCCAUCAGCGUUUUUAGAGCCCUUCAGCGCGUCUGUGUGGGUGAUGAUGUUUGUGAUGCUGUUGCUGGUGACUGCGAUGGCUGUCUUCAUGUUUGAGUAUAUCAGCCCCCUGGGCUUCAACAGGAACCUAGCUCAGGGCAAAGACCCCCACGGACCAUCCUUCACCAUGGGCAAAGCAGUCUGGCUGUUGUGGGGCCUGGUAUUUAACAACUCCGUGCCCGUGCAAAACCCCAAAGGCACUACCAGUAAAUUCAUAGUGUCCAUCUGGGCCUUCUUCGCUGUCAUCUUCCUGGCCAGUUACACUGCCAACCUGGCUGCUUUCAUGAUCCAGGAGGAAUUUGUGGACCAAGUGACAGGUCUAAGUGACAAAAAGAUCUAA